ACCGAUUUGUACAUUGUGCAUCAAAAGAUCUCAUCAUAUAUUCACCGACUUUUCCCCUAAAUUUCUCCCCUAAUCGGCCACCCAAUCUCCACCGUAAUCAAACCCUAACCACCACCAUCACCAUCACUGGUAGCGUCAUCAUCAAAUCAGCAAUCUAUACAGAGAGAACAAUCACAAGCACAAGGAUUUGAAAAACAAACAUGAGGCCACCAAAGAAGACGAUCCACGUGAUAUCGUCAUGGGUGCGCCGGCAACCACCAAAGGUGAAAGCUUUUCUUGCCGUAGUCACCGGCAUGUUGGCCUUGGUGUUGUUACGUGUGAUCGUGCACGAUCAUGACAAUCUUUUCGUUGCUGCCGAGGCUGUUCACUCCAUCGGAAUCUCCGUUCUUAUCUAUAAGCUUAUGAAGGAAAAAACUUGUGCUGGUCUAUCACUGAAAACACAAGAACUAACAGCCUUGUUCUUGGCUGUAAGACUCUACUGCAGUUUUGUUAUGGAGUAUGAUAUACACACUUUGCUUGAUUUGGCUACAUUAGCCACAACAUUGUGGGUUAUCUUUAUGAUUCGUUUCAAACUAAAAUCAAGCUACAUGGAAGACAAAGACAACUUUGCAAUGUACUAUGUGGCAGUUCCUUGUGCUAUACUAGCUUUGUUAAUUCAUCCCUCAACAUCACAUCAUAUUGUCAACAGGAUAUUUUGGGCAUUUUGUGUUUAUCUUGAAGCAGUUUCAGUCUUACCUCAACUUAGGGUUAUGCAAAACACAAAGAUAGUCGAACCAUUUACAGCUCAUUAUGUAUUUGCUCUUGGUGUUGCAAGGUUUUUGAGUUGUGCUCAUUGGGUUCUUCAGGUUUUGGAUAGCCGUGGACAUCUACUUACCGCCCUGGGGUACGGAUUAUGGCCGUCAAUGGUUCUCAUCUCAGAGAUUGUUCAAACCUUCAUAUUAGCAGACUUCUGUUACUACUACAUCAAAAGUGUUUUUGGAGGACAACUUGUUUUGCGUCUGCCUUCUGGGGUGGUGUAAUUUGAGGAUGUAGAAGCAAAAAUGGUGCCAUUGAAGUACACAGAUUUACAGUAGUGGCUUGGUGUUCUUGUUUAGUUUAUAUUUUUCUUCAGUGGAUGCUUUUGUACAUUUGUGACAUUGUCGUGUUUCUUAUUUACAAAACUUAAUUUUACUAGAAUCCAAAAUUAGCUUCAAUUAUGAUAUUAUAAUGCUAGUACUCGGAUUCAAUUUC